AUGAUGUUCAAAUUCUCGCAGAAGGCGCUCGUGGCGCUAUUCCUCGCCGUUGGCCUGGCCGAGGCUGUGCCUUCUAAAUCGCGCAUUGUAUCAAGAGCUUCCACAUUCGACAACGGCAUCGUCCGCGGUGUCAACAUUGGUGGCUGGCUAGUCCUUGAGCCAUGGAUCACGCCUUCGAUCUUUGAGAACGCUGGAGACGCUGCUGUUGAUGAGUGGACGUUGACCGCUACUCUGGGACAGGAACAAGCCAAGGCUGUUCUAUCUCAACAUUGGUCGACUUUCAUCACUCAGGAUGACUUCCAUCAGAUUGCUCGAGCUGGUAUGAAUCAUGUCCGUAUUCCCAUCGGGUACUGGGCUGUGAGUUCUCUUCCCGGCGAGCCGUACGUCGACGGUCAGCUGGAAUAUCUCGACAAUGCAAUCUCCUGGGCCAGGGAUGCGGGCCUGAAGGUUGUGAUUGAUCUUCAUGGUGCACCGGGAUCCCAAAAUGGCUUUGACAACAGCGGACGUAAGGGACCAAUUGCCUGGCAGCAGGGCAACACCGUUGCGCAAACUGUGGACGCCUUCCGAGUUCUGGCUGAGCGUUAUUUGUCAGAAAGCGACGUGGUUGCGGCCAUUGAAGCUCUUAACGAACCUAACAUCCCAGGUGGAGUCAGUGAGGCUGGGUUGAGAGAUUACUACAACCAGAUUGUGGACGUUGUGCGCCAAAUUAAUCCAGACACUUCCGUGUUCCUGAGCGAUGGCUUUCUGUCGACGGAAGCCUGGAACGGAUUCAAGACGGGUGACGAUGUGGUCAUGGAUACCCACCACUAUGUGAUGUUCGAUAACCACCUGAUCAGCCUAGAUAUCAACGGCCACGUGAAAUCUACAUGCGACUUUGGCAAGCAAAUUAAAGGGUCGGAUAAGCCAGUUGUUGUCGGAGAAUGGACAGGCGCUGUCACUGACUGCACGAAGCACCUAAAUGGCAAGGAUGUUCCCACGCGCUAUCAAGGAGAGUAUGCCAACAACCCGAAGUAUGGCGAUUGCGGAGACCGGUCUCAGGGCUCGGUGGCAGACCUUUCCGACCAGGAGAGGACUAAUACUCGACGAUUCAUCGAGGCCCAGCUCGAUGCCUACGAAGGAAAGAAUGGCUGGCUGUUCUGGACUUGGAAGACUGAGGGGGCGCCAGGAUGGGAUAUGCAGGACUUGCUUGCCAACGGGGUUUUCCCCAGUCCUCUGACGGACAGAAAAUUUCCAAAUCAAUGUGCCUAA